UGAUUCCUUAUCCCUAGUAGCCAAAAUCAUUGCUCUUAAUAUGAAUAGAUUCAAGCUGAUGAAGGAUACCAGCAACUCUUCUUUACUUUAUUAUUUUGUUGUGUCAGAAAGCAAUUUAGGAGAGUAUGAAAACAGGACAUUGGUGCAUGUUUAUAUUGAUAUACACACCUGAUAGUUGUGCGUCUUGAUAACAGAAGGGUUGUCAUUUGGGGUCUAAUAUCUUUCUUGUUUCUUUGUGGAGCCAUGUACCUUGGACUUCUAAUUUUUUUUUUUUUCCAGUCUAUACUUCCCUUAUGUUUAUAUUGUUCUGAAUUAUAAUGUUUUGAUUGAUAAAAGUUGCAUGUAUGAUUACUUUUACGCAAUCGUAUAGAUGGGAGAUUCACAAGGGAAUGGUAAAAGAAAAGAUUACAAAACUUGGAAUGCUGAAGAGAGCAAUGUUUUGCUUCAACUUAUGGUUGAAGGCGCCAAACUUGGAUUGCGUGAUAUUAAUGGUGUGAUAAGCAAACAAACAGUAGAGGCGAAGCUACUUCCUAAACUGAAGGAAAAACUUGGUUGUGAAAUAAGUUUUAGUCAUUACCAAAGUAGAGUGAAAUGGUUUAAGAAACAAUACACCAAUUACUCUCAACUUAUGCGUCAUAGUUCUGGAUUUGGGUGGGAUCCGAUCACAAAGAGAUUCACUGCUGAUGAUGAAGUAUGGGCAGAUUAUUUGAAGUCACAUCCAACGCAUGGGCACUUUCGGUCAGAAACUUUUCCAGACUAUGAGGACUUGAAAAUUGCAGUUGGAAAUGGAACUGCAACUGGAAUGGGCUCAAUCAGUUUAGGUGAUGAUACAGAUGCCUCUACAUUUGGAGCGGAAGAAAACGGACCUUGGGGAAUUGAUGGAUUAGUUUUUGAUCGAAAUACUAACAUGUUCGUGCAAAGUGAAAAUGAGUCAUCACACCAAGAAAACUCGCCAUCUCUUUCACAACAACCCUCCCAAGGUACCAAUGUAGAUGCUCCACCACAUAGCAGGACUCAAGGAAAACGGAGUAGGACUGACUAUGAAAAUAAUAGCGGCUCAAAGGGGGCAACUAGUCAAGCUGAGGUUUUAGAAAACUUAUCAAGUGGCAUUGGUAAAAUUGUCACAAGUUUUGAUAAAAUUUGUGGCUUAAUGGAGAAGAGAGAAUCAAGAGAGAGUGAUCUUUUGGAUGCUAUGAACAAGACCCCAGGAUUAACUGAUGAGGCUUGCUUUAUGGCUCUUGAUUUGCUUAAUACUAAACUUGUUUUGAAUGAUUUUAAACUGGUGCUUUCUCUAUUAGCAAUGUCUGAAAUGGACAUGUAUGGAGCUGAUGAAGAGGAAGAGCAGUUUUAG